AUGUUCGGGUGUUGUCAGACUCCACUUCGCAUCCUUAUCCUCAUGUGUAUGAUGUCUAUAAACCAGUGUCUCCCUGUCGGCCGCAGAGGAGCUCUGUCGUUCUCCAGUUCACUGCGCCUUACGCGCACCAUUCGCGCACAUGUCCAGCAAUUACUGUUUCUAUAUAAACAGGAGAUGUUUGGCGACGAGCUCUUUGAAUACAGAGAACAGAUGCUAAGUUCACUUCCUGCAGUUACUGUCAGUUACCGGACCUGGCUCCACAUGCAGGACGAUGAGCGUUUGCGUGUGGCUUCUGAAUACCUGCAAAUCUUCUGGACUCAUCUGGAUGGUCAGCGGCGCCAGCUGGAGAGGGACGGGGGCGCGACGACGCUAAGGAAACCUCAAAGGAGAGACAAACGCGGAAGACCUCAGCCAACACUGUGCCGGAGUUUUGAGGUCCUGCAAAUAGACCUGCGGGAUCUGAUGAGACAAGUUAACAAUCAGCUAAACCGUAUAAGACACGUAUCUACAUCCACAAAAUCUCCACUUUUGGAUUCCACCACUGCAUCUGCCAGUAUGAGUCAGAGUAUGCAUCAUUCUUCUGAAAGCACCACAGCACCCCAGACCCCAACUCAAACGGGUAAACCUGGAAUCUCUGCACACUCCACCACACCGUCACCUCAGACCUUAAGGCUGUCUGAAGGAGGAUUGACUUCAGUGACGGAGGAAACCUUUGUCAGCCUCCUGCAACCCACCAGAGCAGCGUCAGUCUCUCAUUCCACCCAGCAGACGACAACAGCAGGGAUGUCCCGCUGGGAUCUGCACCUGAAUGGGUAUGUGAUACUGAGAGAUCUCGAACGGUACUUAAGCAGACUGGCAAGAGAUUACACCGUGCUUCAAACCAAAUACUGACAAAAUACACAACAGAAAAAUUGUGGGGGGAAAAAUCCAAACCAAGUAAUGAACCACCACGAGUUUUGAAUCACAAAAGAAAACGUGUAA